CACUCAAACCGAAGUACCACUACCAAGUACUACUACCAUCAACUGAUCAUCAUACAAUAUCCAGAUGUCCAGUUCUGGGGCGAACAGUAGUGGCGGAGCCAGUAAUUCUAAUUCAGGGAGACACCCAGUGUACAAAGGAAUAAGGAAAAGGAAGAGUAGCGGAAAAUGGGUGUCCGAAAUUCGAGAGCCGCGGUCCCCCAAUAGGAUUUGGCUUGGCACAUUUCCCACCCCGGAAAUGGCGGCGGUCGCUUAUGACGUGGCAGCACUGGCCCUGAAAGGCCAGGAUGCCGAGCUCAACUUCCCGAACUCGGCGUCCUCGUUGCCCGUCCCGGAAACCAACUCGUCCCGGGAUAUCCAGGCGGCUGCGGCCUGUGCAGCCGCAGCACUUGGGGCAGCCGGGGACGCACUGGCUGCCCGUAAUAUUAGACCAGUUUCCAGAGAGGCAGAGAAUAAUCAGUUGAUGCCUGGGAAUAAUAAUGAUGAGUAUUUUAUGGAUGAAGAUUUGAUAUUUGAUAUGCCUAAUGUGAUUAUGAAUAUGGCUGAAGGUAUGCUACUUAGUCCUCCACGUCUCAACCUUCCUGAUGAUGACGACACUACUGGUGCAGAUCAAAAUCUCUGGAAUUAUCCCUAGUUCCAUGCAUCUCAACAAAUCUUAGUUUCAUAUAUAAUGACAAGUUUUAGUGUUUGCAUGAUUUUAAAUAAGAGGGAAAUGACUUAAUUAAUAACCUCAGCUUCGAAGGCUCCAGAAAAAAGAUCAAUGGGAUGGAUUUGUAUUUGCAUGUUUUUCUAGUACUGUUUGUAAAUUAAAG